AAACAUAGGCAAAGAAGUGUUAAAAAGAAAAAGUAGAAAUUUUUCCACAGUGCGAAAAAAUUAAACGACCUUAAUAGCAGAGAAGAAAAAAAGUAAAUUUUCUUUUCGAAAUUAAUUAAGUAAAACUUAAAUAAAAUUACAAAUAUAUAAACAAUAAAUAUUUAAAAAAAUGAAGUGUAUAAAUUACAAUAAAACUACAGUGAAUGUGUCGAAAAAAACAUGACAAAAUUGUAAAGAAAAAUCAUAUUACGAGGUGAUUAAUGGGCAAAAAAUAUAAGAGAAGAAAUGAAUAAAAAAAGUGAAAUUCAAUAGAAUGACGACGAAAAAACACGACAAUUAUUGAAAAAUCAAAGAAAUAAAAAAGUUAAUAAGAGUUCACAGCAUAUAAAAUGAUUAUUAAACAAGAUUAACAAACAAAGAAAUUACGAAAAAGAAAAAAAUGUUUAAGAAAAUUUACAAAUAAAUCAAAUUACUCAGAAAAAAUAAACUAAAACACACACACAUAUACAAAGUUUGCAACCAUCCCGGGAGUGUUGGAUUACACACUGGGUUAAGAAAAAUAUAUAAAAAUAAAUUAAACAUUAUUAAGCAAAAGAAGUGAAAAAAUUACGAUUACUCAAAUUUUUUUAAGCAGAAAACGAAAAAGAGUUAACAAGUAAACGCAUUCAUAACAUUUAAUUGCUGUUUGCAGCCCAUUGGCAAUGCCUGGGCGUAAGCCAUGGGUUCUCAGACCUUGGAAAUAUUACGUCAAGGCGUCUGGGCCUCUUUAACUGGUGGCUGGUUUUAUGAUCCUCAUCAAAGUGUCUUUUGCAAUGUAGUGCACUUGUAUUUAUGGUUGUUCUUACUCUGUACACCUUUUGUGGCCUACUUGUAUUUCCCGGAAACAUGGCUAACAUGGUGCAUUUACUGUAUACUCACCAGUGUCACAGUGCUGCUGUUGAAAGUGGCCAAUAUGGCAUUGCAUCGUCUAUACGAUCGGGCGCAGUCAAUGUCAGAGGCGAAUAUAAAGCAACAUUUUUUCAAGGUUACCAAGGAAACGGCUACAGAAAGAAGUCGUAACAAUGAACCUGGCAUUGAAAUGAAGGUAAUGCAUGUGGGUGAAGAAGAGGUGGAUAUGGCAGCAUCAGUGGAUAAGGCCAUCAAUGAAAUAAGUGCAGAAAAUAGUAUGGUUUCUAUAGACAAUGUCAAUAGUAUAAUUGAUUUAAAAGUUGAUGUACAUCGUAAAAACAGCUCUGAAUCUAUAGAGUUGAUGUUCUACGCUCCCUCUAUGUUAUCCGGCAAUAGCCAACAGGAUCAACAGUCAUUAGCCGGUACGGCUAGUAACUCCAAAUCAAUACGUUCCUCGCACACUUUAAGCCACAAUAAUAAUAACAACAAUAAUAACAAUAACUCCAUAAGCCUAACAGAUCCACAAGCCAAAUAUAUAUCAGUAUAUCCCAAAGAUAACAGUCCUAUAGCCUCUACUAGUUCCAAUUGCAAUAACAGCAAUUUACACGGUACCCAUGCAGCUCAAAGUAACGCCCUUAUAGGACCCAAGCCACCACAUUUGAUUAGGAAAUCCUCGGAAAUAGUAAGAGGUCAUCAGCGUCGUCGUCUGGAAAGGCAAUCAAGUUUAGAUGCAGCCGCAGAAUCAGCUAUAGUGGCGAAAUUGUUAAGACAAUCUUCGGAUACCACAUCCAAUACGAAAAUGUUAACGGCGCCUUUGAACGCCGCCUGCCAAGGAAAUGCUGAAAAAUGUGAUAGUUUUUUACACGCACAAUUAACGAAGGCUGGUACUUCUGCUUCCUCCACGACGACAGCGGCUACUGGAAAUUCAUCAACUCUAGCUCAGGCACAACGAUCAAAUACAACGAUUUCGAAUACGAAUGCAUUAACGGGGUCUUCAUCUGCACUCAAGAGUACUCGCCUGCAGCGGCAUCGCUCCUCUGAGACACACGAUGAACGUUUGAAACAACAGCAGCGUGGCAGUAGUAUGGGGGCGACUGGUGCUGCUCCUGGUGGUGGUAUAUUUCUCUCCAUACAUCAUGAGAAUGGUCAUCAUUAUCAUCACUAUAGACAUCAUCAUACUCAUAGGCGAGGCGGCAGCGGUGGUGCUCCUCCUAUAGCCAGCAGUGGUUCAGUGGUUGUUUUAGGUUCAGGUGUUAAUACCAGCGAUAGUUUUGAUGUCGAUGAUAUGGAACUGGGUUUGGGAGGCAGUGCCAAUGUGGUGGCUCAUGGUAGUCAUUUGAGUGGAGAUGGUAGAAUGAGAGCUUUGCCAUCAUGGAUUUUGGGCUCCUCAUCCGAUGUUUUCAUUGAAGACGACAGUUUCACUAAAUCCGAUUUGGGUAUCGAACAACUAGACGAUCGUAGCGCCUCCUCAUCCACGCGUGUUCAUCCUCAUGCCAAUCAGUAUCGUUUAAAUCAUCCGCAUCAGACAGCACGUGGUGCCAACAUAACUAAAGAUCCCAUUUAUACAAUAUCAGCUCUACAGCUGCACAAACGCCCGCGACGAGAAGGAGCCAUUAAACGACGCCGGCACUCGAAUGCCACAACGCUAUUUAAAACGCCCACAGAUAGUUCCUCAAAUGUUGGCAGCCAGCCAGCGACCACAACUACGGUAAGGCGCAUUAAAAGUGCUGCUUUAGAAGUGGCCUGUCCACGACCCUCAGUAUCGAAUUUAUGUCCACACCCCAAUAGUGUGGAGGCCAUUAAUGGUCAACAACAGAUAAAGAAUCCGCAAAAUGCUUUGCUGCCGCCGCCCAGCAAAUGUCUGGUGCGUAAUCCUCAUUUGAAUUUGUGUCCCAAGUUUGGAGGCAGCUUUGGUGGCAGCUCUACAAAUAGUAGUCUGGACUUUGGUUCUACUAAUGCUCUCAUAGAUCCCGUGUUUGAGCUGAAGGAACAAAAGGAGAAACAAAAGAAAUUGGAAUUAAAGAAAAGUGAAGAUGCGGAAAAGGAGGAAGCGAGUAGUAAAGAGAAUAAAACGAAAGUAGAGGAGGUAAUGGAUGAUGAAUCUCUAGGGGCUGUAGGUGGAGUAUGUCCUCACCACUUCCUACAUUCCCAUAAUCAGCGUCAGCAUCAUCAUAGUGCUGAAUCGGAUGUGGGUCAGAUAUUGAAUGACAAUAAAAACGAUGAGGAGGAAGAAGAAAGUGAACAGUUGAAUGGUGAUAAUGAUACGGACAACAACGAUGAAGAUGAAGAAGAAGAUGAGGAUGAAGACGAUGAGGAGGAGGAUGAUGAAGAGGAGGAAGAUGACGAUGAUGAAUUUAAGGAUUUCGAUUAUAAUGUAGAGCAUAUUUUAGAGGUUUUGGAACAUACCCACAACCAGCUGGAUGAUGAUUUAAGAAAUCAUCAGCAACAACAGCAGCAGAAGCAAAUAGAGAUAAAUAAACUGAAAAAAGAAAACGAGGCGGAGCAUCAGCAUAAUAGUGUUUUAAAGCGAGAAGAGGAUGAUGAAGAGGAAGACGAUUUAGAGCAUGAAGGUGCCAUAGCCUUAAGAGAACGUUUACAUUCCACAGAUUCUGAAACAGAUAAUAACGGUUCACGCUCUCCUUUACUGAGUAGCAGCAAUAAAAAAUGGAUUUGCACCACCAAGGAAAAAAUCAAUGAUAAACAAUUGAAAGAUGAAGUCAAAGCGGUACAAAAACAAAAGCAUUCCCUUAAUAACAAACAAUUAAAUAUGGCCAAAUUGGAACAGCCCGAUGGUGAUCCGCAAGCAGCCCCUGUACAGGCUGCACAGGCAAAUCAACAACAAAAUCAAAAUAAUGUUAGAAGAAAUGAAGCCGAUUCCGGCUGUCCUUCCAGUGAUUGUGAACAAAUAAGUGCCAGUUCUAAAGAUGUCUUAUUGUCCUCCAUGGAAUUGCCAAAAUCUACUAAAGAAAUAGAAGCUACAGAGAAAACAAAAAACUCUUUAGAUUUAGCCGAAAGUUCCAGCAGUAGUAACACAGCGGUGGGUAAACGUUUAGGAGCCAUACCCAAACAAGUGCAAUAUAGAGAAGUAGAUGAAAGAGCGGCCGCCGAUUCCUUGCAAUUAAGCGGUUGUUCGCAUAAUUACAAAAGGCAUGCGGGUAACUGGAGUUCAGUGGCUCCCUCAAGUCAAUCUACCCAGACUCCCAACUUAAAAGGCAUUUCUAGAACUUCCUCCUCUUCCAAUAGCUCUCAUAGCGUUAGUGCUGAAUCUUUUACAGCGGAUAUACACAAAAUGCUUUGGCUUAUGCAUGGCGGGGCGGUAGAUGAACGUGGUCGACCGGUAAAUGCAGAAAAUUUAGCCUCCAUACCUCCUCCUAAUCAAAGUAACAUGUCCAAUGCUCAUUUGCAGUUUUAUCAAGAUGCUUUAAAAGCCUUAAACUCUGCUUCCUCGGCUGAGAGAUUAGCCUUAACCGAACGUUUGUAUCAUAGAGAACAAUUGCUGAGACGCAGCUCUAGGCAAAGAGAUGCCGAAUCCAACAGUGCCAUAGAACAGUGGCAUUUGGAUUGUAAUGAUUCGGGGCCUCAUAUGUUAACCACAAACGGUUCACGCUCUACUCCUCUCACGCAAGUAAUGAUAGACUCUCCCUCCUCUGCAAAUGUUCUAAAUAAUCGUAAUGUUAGCGCCGCCACCACUGUCUCAUUAAAAGGUUUUAUACAGGAAAUCAUUAACGAUGAAUUGCGCAAUUUGGGUUCUACGCAAAGAGUAGGCUCCACACCCUUAACCUCGGCUAACAAUAAUGCCACCAUGGCUGCCAUACUCAAUGUGGAUGGUCAUCAUAUAGAAAACUACUGUGACUAUUGGCGUCCCACCUGCAUGUUGUCAUCGGAAAAACCCUCCAUUGCGCCCAAAUCAUUCUACAAAUAUCGCUUCAAAUUGGGCAACUUUAAGCAAGAGUUUAAAAUCUCCAUGGAUCGUUUGGAACUAUUGGCUCUAUUCGAUCGUGAUAUCCAUUGGUUACAUAUAUUCCUAUCGGUAUUUCUAAGUGCUGCCGUAGCCUAUUUAGGCUCCUCCAUACUACAGCACAAUUACUACAAAGAUGUGUUCGCCUUUUUGUUUUGUGCUGUCAUAGCGGGUUCACAAUAUUCUUUGCUGAAAAGUGUACAACCAGAUGCUGCCUCUCCCAUACACGGCUUCAAUAAGACGGUGGCCUAUUCGCGUGCCAUUUAUUUUUGCAUGUGUUCGGGUUUGUUGCUGAUAUUUCAGCGUUUGAAAGUUGAAUACGAUAUGGCCGCUAUGAAGGGAGAACCUCAGCCGGAAUAUACAUUUUUUGGUAUUGAGUUUCAACCUGCCCAAGUGAAUGGCUUGGUUUUACAAGCUCUUUAUAUAUUUUUGUUAAGUUUUCCCUUGAUCUUUUCUUUGGGUUUGUUUCCGCAAAUCAAUACUUUUACCAUGUAUCUGAUGGAACAGAUUGAUAUGCAUGUGUUUGGUGGUAAUGCAGCGGGAAGUUUGAUAGGUAAGUGGGUUCUGUCCUUGUGUGUAAUACGUUCAUUUUUGGGUGUUAUGCUUUUGUAUGGUCCCCUUUAUGCGGCCUUCAGUGAGGGCAAGGGUACUCAACACAUAAUCUUCUCUAUAUUUUGUGCUUUGCUUAUACCCUUGGGCUAUCAUUUGUCACGCUCAGCCAGUGAUUUUAGCCACAUAUGGGCUAUAGUGAAAAAUUGCAUAAUGUCUACCUAUCACGAGGAUGACGAUGAACUAAGCAGCACCAGUACACAGAAGCUAACCUCUAGUACACCGAAAAGAAAUAGCACGCAUAAGAAACGUGAUGAGGAAACGAAUACACAACAAAGUGAAAAUAUUGAAAUGUCUUCAUUGGAAAAGAUAGGUGAGAAUAAUGAGACCCCCGAAGAAGAGGUAGAGGCAGAUAAGGAACAGACAUCGUUGCAACAAAAACGCAGUAAAUCGAAGGCCUCUUCUUUGGGUAGUAGUAGCCAGACUUUGGGUAAAACUUUAUCCACCAGUAAAAAGGCCAUUACAGCUUCUUCUAGUUCUUGUAAUUCGAAUUUGGAAACUGAGCCUCAUAUUAAAGAGGAAGAGGAGCUGGAGCCUCAACAAACUAAAAAGGAAAAUGCUGCUGUCUCUUCCAAAGAAACAGAGGCCGAUAAAAUGUCUACAUCCUCUACCACCAAUCCAGCGGAAAUGUCCACUUUGACGGGGGCAAUAAAUGAAAAUGAUAAUGAGGUUUUCACCAUGAAUUGUCCAGAUGUAUCGAAUGCUGAGUCAGAAACUAAUUCCGAUCCUUUACCCAAAAAGUUACAGUACACCGUUAAUACUCGUUUGAAAAAUGAUUUUGUGGUCACCAUCUUUCUGGCAGUGGUUGUUCUAGGUCUACACUGCAGCACUGUGUUUACAGUAUUACAACCCGAUUUGAAUAUAGUAUUAUAUGGCUUCACGGGAGCUUUGGGUUUCUUGCUACACUAUAUCAUACCACAAAUGCGCAAACACAUGCCUUGGCUGUGUUUUGCCAAACCUUUGCUGAGACAAAAGGAAUAUGGACGCUAUGAGGUUUGUCACGCUCCCAAAAUCAUGUGGUUUGAAAAGUUUUAUAUCUACUUGUGUCUGCUGGAGAAAAAUGUUUUAUUUCCUUUAUUGGCCAUUUCGGCUUUAACGGCUGAUGCUUCGGUUAUAGCCGCUAAAUAUGGCAUAGCUUGGGGUACUUUAAUUGUGGCAGUAUGCGCUUUAAAAUUUAUACGCAAUGCUUAUUCGGAUCCUACCAAUCAGUACCUGAUCGUUAUGUUUACCGUUUUAUUCUUUCGCAUCGAUUUCGCCAUGGCUUCGGAGACUUUUCUUAUUGAUUAUUUUUUCGUUUCGCUGGCUUUUAGGAAAUGCUGUGAUUUCUUUUUGAAGCUGCAAUUUAUAGUCACUUAUAUAGCACCUUGGCAAAUAACUUGGGGUUCAGCAUUUCAUGCAUUCGCCCAACCGUUCAGUGUGCCCCAUUCGGCCAUGUUAUUCCUGCAGGCUGGCAUAUCGUCAUUACUCUCAACACCCCUGAAUCCCUUUCUGGGUAGUGCUAUAUUUUUGACAUCCUACGUUAGGCCCAUUAAGUUCUGGGAACGUGACUAUAAUACACGGCGCAUAGAUCACUCGAAUACCCGUUUAAGUUCACAACUUGAACGUGAUUUGGGAGCGGAUGAUAAUAAUUUGAAUUCGAUAUUCUAUGAGCAUUUAACACGUUCCCUACAGCAUUCACUGUGUGGUGAUUUGCUAAUGGGUCGUUGGGGUAAUGUCAAUCAGGGUGAUUGUUUUGUUCUGGCUUCUGACUAUUUAAAUUGUUUGGUUCAUAUCAUCGAGCUGGGCAAUGGUUUGUGUACCUUUCAAAUGCGCGGUUUAGAAUUUCGUGGCACCUAUUGCCAACAGCGUGAGGUAGAGGCCAUAACAGAGGAUGUUGAGGAUAAUGAUGGCUGCUGUUGCUGUGAUCCUGGUCAUUUGCCUCGUAUGCUUAGUGCCAAUGCCAUGUUUUCAACACGUUGGCUGGCUUGGCAAGUGGUGGCUUCCCAAUAUGUGGUCGAGGGUUAUUCGAUAUCCGAUAAUUUAGCCAGUGCUACCUUACAAGUAUUUGAGUAUCGUAAGGUUUUGAUAACCUAUUAUGUUAAGAGUAUUAUUUAUUAUGUUAUUAAAAAUCCUAAAUUGGAUGAAUGGCUGAAUUCUGCUGUGAUACAGGAAGCUUUACAGCACACCAUGAGUAGACAAUUUGUGGACCUGGAUCCUAUUUUCAAUUUUAAUUUAGAUGAAGAUUUUGAUUUUCGUGCCGUGGGCAUAACACGCACUAGUUUUUGUUAUGUUUACCUGAGUUGGCUGAAUUAUUGCUAUGACAAACGCAAGGAGUCAUUAAAUCCUACACAAAAUCCAACACAAAAUCCCACACCCACUUCUGGUCAGGGAGUUACCACCCAGCAACCACAACCAGCAACUGCUGCCUCUACCAGUACUUUGGCUAGCACUCCCAACUUGUCUACGGCCCAACAGAAGUCUCAGUCACAGCAGCAGCUUAAGAUAAGACCUCAAAAAAGUGCCACCAUGACAGGCAGUAAUGAGGGUGUGGUUAACUCCGUGGAACAAAUGUCUACUUCCCAUUCCCUAGCCAAUAUCUCACGCCAAACUUCAGAAAGUGCUCCAGGCUUGAAUUCAACAACACCCUUAACCAGAUCCAGUAAAUCGGCACCCUCGGGCAGUAAACAUGGUUAUCAAAAAGGUGACUAUUCUCCUUCUGCUAGGCAAGAAGCCAGAGCUGCCUCAGCUGAACCUUCCAGAGGAUUGCAACCAGAUAAACCUCCUCAAAUAAAACUAAAAGUACCUUCUAUAGCUAAAGACUCGCCCAUAGUUUCGCUAUGUUUGGCUUUAAGUCUUUUGGCUCGCAGAUCCCUGGCCACUGCCUCUCAUAGUUCUCUAACAGGAGUAGAAUUCUUUUUACACGGUCUACAUGCUUUGUUUAAGGGAGACUUUCGUAUAACUUCACCCCGUGAUGAAUGGGUAUUUGCUGAUAUGGAUCUUUUACAUGCGGUAGUAGCACCAGCGGUUAAAAUGGCCUUAAAACUGCAGCAGGAUCACAUUUCCAAUCCUGAUGAGUUUCGAGAUCCUGAUGCUUUAUUUGAAGCUAUAGAUACCUGUGCCAAAGAUUUGGUUAUUUCCCACGAGGCCGAUCCGGUAUGGCGUAGUGCAGUUUUGAGGGGUGCUCCCAAUCUCUUGGCUCUUCGUCAUGUUAUGGAAGAUGGUUCAGAUGAGUAUCGCAUCAUACGCUUGACCAAACGUUUCCUCACCUUUCGUGUUAUCAAAUUAAAUCGGGAAUGUGUGCGUGGUUUGUGGGCAGGACAGCAACAGGAAUUGAUUUAUUUGCGCAAUCGUAAUCCGGAAAGAGGCAGCAUACAGAAUGCCAAACAAGCCUUGCGCAAUAUCAUAAACUCCAGUUGUGAUCAGCCUAUAGGAUAUCCCAUCUAUGUUUCUCCCCUAACCACUAGCUAUGCGGACACUAAUGAACAGUUAAAGGAUGUUAUAGGAGGACCCAUUACCCCAGAUGCUAUAAAGAAUAACAUAUUACAAUGGUGGCAUCAUAUAAGGGAAAAGUGCCGCCAGGGCUGCAGUUCAGGCUCUUCCAUAGAAACCACACAUUUAGGUUUACCCUCCGGAGCUUGCAGUAAUCUGGGAGAAAGUGGUGAUUUGAGGCCCGUAUAUAUUUCUCCACCCAUUUAUAACACUUUGACCGCUAGUACAAUGUUUAGUUUAGCCGCUACGGGAGUACCUGGAGCUACUUUAAGCUCACAAUUUGGCAGUGAUGGUUUAUCCUCCAUGCGCAGUUCUAUAACCGUUAUCAAACCUUCCUCUACCACCUUAUUGGCUGGUCUACUCAAUCGUGAACAGGAGCUGCUAAAAGAAGCUAGAGCGGGUGGUAAUAAACAGCAACUUUCAUCUUCCAGCAUUAGAUCUUCAGAGCGUAGAGCCACUCUACCCAUAGCCAGCACUAGUUCAGUUUUACCCGAAGUCAUUAAAGAUUCCGAUGAUUCUUCGCAAACUUUGGAUAAAGAUGCCUCUAAUGAUAGUGUUGCUGCGGGAGCGGUAGUUGGGGCAAAUUGUACGGCUUCUGGCAGCCCGCGUUAUACAAAAAUCUAUUGUUCCUCGGGCAAUCUGGGUAUUGGUAAUAUAAUUACUAAUCCCGGUGAUUACCCGCGUAAAACAAAAGGUCCCAUCUGUUUAACAGCGGCUGCAGCAGCGGUACAACAGAAUUCCCCACAAACAAAUGCCAAUAGUAAUCAAUCUGGUAUAGCUAUAGUAGCGGGAGGAGAGUUGGGAGCCGGUUCUAGUAGAGUAAACCAGGAUCAUCAAACUUCACAGCCCAGAUUUGCAUUAUUUGAAAAGGUUAUCAUAGUGGAUGAAAGAGAGAUCUUCCAUAACAUCGAUCAAUGUCGUCGCAUUGUUUGGCCCUUUGAAGCUUUACGCCAAAAAGGCGGCCGUUUAUCGUGGGAUGGCUGGGAACCUCGAGCCGGCAUGGUGGGCUAUGUCAUACACAUUUGGCGUCCCAAUCAUCCCAAUAAAAUGCAUCGUACUCCUCUCAAUCGUGAUGUCUAUCUCAUAGAGAUAGGCAAAAACUAUGUGCCUGUAACGGCCAGCGGUCUAAGGCAAUACAACCAAGCCAUGGAUAGUACACAAAAGGAAAUUGAAACUUCCAGACGCAAUUCCCUACAAAGAGAAAUGUCUGAGCUAAGGCAACAGCAAGCAGAAAGGGGUUUGACACCCAUACUAGGCAGCAGUUUAGAAUCACCUACUUCUCUCAUCAAUGAAGCAGGCGGAGGACGCAAUUCGGCUUUAGGACAAAAAUCCAAAAUACAAGCGGUGAGUAGUAGUUCUUCAGAAGAUGAAAGUUGUUUAUUACAUCUACAAAAAGAAAGACAAGAAGAAUAUUUGAAAAAUCUUUGGCAACAAGUCAUAGAACAGGAACAAACUAUUAAAGAUGAAAUACAAAAUGCCACAAAUGCAACAAAUACCACACAGCAGCAACAACAACAACAACCACAGCUAGCUAGGGAACAAACCACUACAAGUUCCAUAGAUAAAAUAAAUGAACAAAAACUUGAUAUUAAUAAAACUAAACAAAUAGUUAACAAACAGACUGAAGAAUUAGCAGAUACUUCUCCAACUGAAACUGCUAAAGAAAUGGUAGAACAAUUGGUGGAGAAUGUGGUAGAAGAAUUGUGUGAUAAGGUAGAGGUGGAGGAAAAUAAACCGACAAAUGCAGCUUUAGAAAGUGUUGAAACACAAGAGAAACAUAUUAAUAUUAUAGAAAUUAAGUCGGAAGAUGUGGACGAUAUAGUGGGAGAAGAAGAGGUGGAUGAGUGUGGUAAUGUUAGUAUUGUCUAUAGCAUUUAAAAGGUAUGAAAACCUGAGAGAAUUCUAGAGUAGAAGCUUUCAAAAAGCUAAGGAAUUCUAAAGAAAACUUAAAAAAGUUUUUAAACAAGUAAUUAAGGGAAUUCAGCAGGCAAUUAAACUCCAGGGAAUGUAAGGAAAAGGCUUUGGAAUUCGGAAAAAAACUAAAGGGGGUUUAAAGCACAAAAAAAGAGAAAAAUAUUAUUCAAAUAUCUUUUGGAAUUCAGGAAGCAAAUGAAGGUUUGAGGGAAAACUAAUUUUCAAAAAAGUUUCAGAAAAGGGGUUUUAAAACUAAAAUUUGGGCUCCUUAGAGUUAAAUUUUCUUAGUUUCAAACUUUCCUUGGUAUACUUGAGUAUGUUCCCAAACCUAACCUCAAAUAAAAUAUCAAAAAUCCUUUUUCAAAACUUAUCUGCAGCUGUAAUUUGAAAGUAAAGUUAAAUUUAUAUUGAAAGCCACAGUAUUAAACUCCAGGCCCUUAAAACUGACAGAAAAUGUAACAAUUUAAUGAAAACUUAUAACCUAACCUCCAAAAACAGAAAGAAAUUGUAAUUUUAACUAAAAGUUCUAUUGUUUUUAAAGGUUUUAAGAUUAAACUUUGAUUUCACUAUUCAAAAUGAAAGAAACAAAAGAAAUUGUGAUUCUAACCUCAAAAUUUUGGCAAAAUCCGGGUUUCAAACCUUAAUUUGGACAUUUUUGUUAAAGAAAUGAUAAAACUUAAAUGUUUAUACUGAUUUAGAUGCUUUCUCUAAGUCACUGUUAUUAAAUGCGAAUAAAAUCUUAUAAUAACAAACUUUUGCCAAAACAUAACCUCAAAUAAAAAGAAAAAUUGGCCAAUUUUAAACUCAAUAUUGAGUUUUUUACAUUAAAAGGUUGUUUUUUAAAUUGAGUUUAGUUUAUUUUUCAACUCUGCUAUUGAAAUUAAGUCUCAACAGUUUAAACCACAACUUUUUUUCAAAAUUUAACCUCAAAAUGCAAAAUCUAACCUCAAUUUUGAAUUUUUGUUUAAUAACUUUUGGAAAUUAGUGGUUUACAAAGGUUUUUUUGUUUAAUCUUAGUUUUUGGUAUAAAAAUAGUUUAAUAGCAAACGUUUGCCAAAACAUAACAUCCAAAUAAGAAAAAAAUUGGCGUUUUUAACCUCAAUAUUGAGUUUGUUAGCCUAAAAACUUCUACAGUUAAGUAGUUUAUAAAUAUUUCUUUGUUAUAGUUGUUAACGUCAAAAAUGAAGUUUAACCGAAAUUAUGGGAAACAUAACCUCCAAAAAGAGAAACAUUCAGGGGUACAAUAAUGUUUUUGUUGCCUUUAAGGAAUAAAUUCUUAGAAUUUGGUUUAUUUUUAAAGUUUAUAAUUAAAACUUUUAUUAAACUCUACAAUAGUAAACUUUUCUUCGAAACUUAAACUUUAAUUAGAAGUUCUAACCUCAAUUUUGACUUUUUUAACAUUUUUUUAUAAUUUUGAGAUUUAUAAAGUUUUGAUGUUUAUUGGGAGACUUUGGUGGUAAAUUAGUUUAAAAGCAAACCUUUUCGAAAGCAUAACCUUAAAAGAGAAGUUUAAAACAAAACUUAUUUUAAACCUAACCUCCAAAAACUGAAAAAUAAUGAGGUUAUAAGAAGAUUUUUGUUACUUUUAAGGAAUAAACUCUAAUAUUUUAUAAAAUUUAUAAUGUUCUGCUAAUUUACACAUCUUUAGCAUUAAAAUUUAAACAAAACAGUUAAAAAGCAAAACUUUUUCCGAACCCUAACCUCAAAAAAGAAGUUUAAAACAAAAUUAUAUGAAACAUAACCUCAAAAAUAGAAAAAUAUUGAGACUUUUUUAAGAAAACAUUCAAAGUUUUAAAAAAUUUCAAGGUUUAUGUUAAAUUUCUAAGUUUUUCAAACUUUUUUUCGGGAACAUAACCUCAAUAGAUAAGUUUUAAAAUAAAAUCAUAUGAAACAUAACCUCUAAAAAUUAAAAUAAUGGAAUUUAAGACAAUAUUUAUGAAUAUUUUUCGAAAUAAAUUCAAAAUUUAAAUAAAUUUUUUUGUUUUAGAUAAAAUUUUCAAAAUCUUGUUGUUGAAAAUUAGAUAAAACGGUUUUUAGAACUUUUUUCGGAAACUUAACCUCAAAAAAAUGAAGAAUAUUUAGAAAUUCCCAAAAAAAAAACAAUAAAAAAUUGGAAUAUAUAUAGUGGCAGUUUUGUUUCAGUUUCCAAAUGAUUUUAAACAUUUUUGAUAUUUUCUCAAACUUAUUUUAAUAAAAUUGAAUGAAACUUUGUAAAAUUUGUUAAAAAUCUAGAUUUUGUGAAAACAUAACCUCAAAAAAUAGCUUUUUCU